UACAACGGGAGACGCUUCAAAAUCAAAACCCUUCAUUGAGUCUAGGGUUUUUGCCCUCUAAAUCGAACAAUGGUGUUGUCAAACAAGAAGCUGAAGCAGAAGCUAAGAGAAGCAAAGGCCGAAUCUUUGGCUUCGUCCAUAUCGGGGGAAUCAGUAUCCAAUGCAAAUGGAGAUGCGGGCGCGAUUUUGGGGUUGCAGGAGCGACUGGAUGCUGCAAAACAGAAGACGCGGCUGGCAAAGAAGGACAAGAGAAAGAAUUCCCAAGGUCUAGAGAAUGAUGAAGGAAAGGGUCCAGCCAGCGUGAAGAAGGAAGUGAUGGAGAAUGGCGAUGAGAAGAAGGGGGAGGGGAAGAAGAGAAAGAGAGAAGAGGGGAAGAGUGGCGAGAAGAAGGACGGCAAGCAGGCUAAAAUGAAGAAGAAAAAGGAUAAGAACAAGAACAAGAAGAUCAAGGCAGCUGAAAAUGGCGAGGAGGACAAGCAGUCCGCGGUUAGUGGUGGGGGAGUGGCCGAAGUAGAAAUGAAAAGAGUUGUUGAAAGUUCAGUGAAAUUGGACACUGCAACAAAAGUUUAUGUUGGGGGUAUUCCAUACUACUCAACUGAAGAUGACAUUCGGAGUUUCUUCGAUAGUUGUGGUACCAUCACAGAAAUUGAUUGCAUGAAGUUUCCUGACAGCGGCAAGUUUAGAGGAAUUGCCAUUAUUAACUUCAAGACUGAUGCUGCUGCCAAACGGGCCUUGGAUCUUGAUGGAGCUGACAUGGGUGGAUUUUUCCUGAAGGUCAGGCCGUAUAAGGCAACAACUCGACAAACUAAGGUCCCUGAUUUCGUUCCACAGAUUGUAAAAGGUUACAACCGGAUCUAUGUCGGGAACUUACCGUGGGAUAUUACAGAAGAAAACCUCAGGAAGUUUUUCUCAGAUUGUACUAUAUCAUCCAUCCGUUUUGGCAUGGACAAAGAAACAGGGGAGUUCCGAGGUUACGGCCACGUUGAUUUCUCAGAUGAUGUGUCAAUGAUGAUGGCACUGAAAAUGGAUCAGCAAAUUCUGUGUGGCAGACCAGUUAAGAUCAGUUGUGCAGUUCCCAGGAAAGCAGGAGAAGCCCGACCAAAGGAUGGCCCUCGGCCUUCCAGAAAUGACGAAGUAAGUAAUCCUGAGGUCAUUCCAACUCCUCCCGUCGCAGAAACUACUGCAGCAAGUAUUGAAGCCAGCUACUAUGAGAUUCCUACAACUUCCAUCGUCGAAGUUGUGAGAAAUGAAGCCAGUAGCGAGGCACCAGCCCCUGUCAGUGGUAAGAUAAAGAGGAGGACCUGCUAUGAGUGUGGUCAAAAGGGUCAUAUUUCAACAGCUUGUCCGAAUAAGCCUGAUGUACCAAACCCCAUUACAGAUUGAACUGAGUCCAACUUCCUAGUCUUGCCUUUUCUUUUGCUCCCUGUUUCUGGGGAGAGAGAUGCUAGGCCAUCCAGAAAUAUUGUUUGGAGGUUAUCUGGCGAUCAUGUUACUAUCACAGUUUUGUAUGCUAGAAUUUUGAUUUGUGAACCAAUGACGGAAGUGUUAGUGGGUUAGUUUUGUUUAUCUGUCUGUUUAUACUACAUGUACCAAGCAGAAAGUUAACAAGAGAUUAUUGAAAUACCAGUUUUUGUUCUUGCUCUGAGAUUGAGAGAACUGUUGUG